AUGGACGCGUCUGUGUCAGUCACUGCGGCUCCGUUACCGCCACAACCGCGUCGGCGUCACGCGCAUAACAAGCAGAAGGUCUCACAUGACGCGAGGCUGCAGCUCGCGUCGCUCCAGGGCAAGCAGAAGCCGCGCAAAGCCCGGUCGAAGUCGGUGUCGAAGCUUGCGAUUGCAGACUCGACCGCUGUUGUUGCCGACUACCACGACGCUCUGUGGUACAACGCAGGCAAGGGUGACUUGGUCUUUGCGCACUGGCUCUUGGGUCGCUGUAAUGGUGUGGGGGAUGCCACGACGCCCCAGUCCGCGGAAGCCGUUCAGCGGAUGUUUGCGCUGUAUCAGAUUCAAUGUAAACUGCGCCAGGAGCUUUCUCGAAGCUCAAAGCGGGAGGUAAUUGAGGGUGCAGAGGAAGAGGAGAACGACGAUGAUGCAGACGCGUGUUUAUGGUCUGUGGAGGAGAUUGUGGAGCAAGCAACCAACGUGCUGCGAGUCUCGAGACUGGAGUUGAUGAAGCAGCAGAAAGCAGCUGAGAAGUCUAAUGCAAAGAGAAGGAAGACUGUUGAGAGGAUUGUUGUGACAGAAGUGGUGGAAAACGCUACGGAACUGAUACUGAGCAGAGCUACGAAUGGCCAUGAAGUGGUACUGAGACGCUGGAUUGAGGUCUUGAGAGACGAGGAACAUGUGGAAGCAGACCCGACAAUAGGGAGUGUACGCAAGAAGCGUGAAGCGAGAAUGCGAGUGCGCAAGAAUGCGACAAAAGGGGCAGAAGAACUAGUUUGUGAGCAGGUAGAGUCGUUCUUGACGUUCUUGGCGGAGUCAGCGCAAACCCCGACGCUAUCUACCGCUUACGUGACGACAGUGCCGUCGGAUGCGGAAAAGGCAUGGUCCAUGGAGCUACAGCAGAUUGUGGAAUCGUCGAGUAUUGGGCCGCAAGAGGAGAAGCGUCGUUUACAAGUAGCUCGAGAUAUUCAGACAGUUUUUCGACGGGAAGUGAGCCAGUGGCGGCAUUGCGAUGUGGUCUUGUACGGUAGCUCUUUGACUCACUACGGCUCUCUGGGAUCGGAUCUGGACAUGUGUCUGCUUCCAAAUGGUCGCAGCAGUAUAAAAUACGUAGGUCCGUCAGUAGAAGCAAUUGGAAAACGGGAGCUGCAGCGCUUGAUAGGCGGAAGCCCUGGAGAAAGCGAACAUACACGAAGCGAUGCUGGAGGUGUGUAUCAGCUACCCGAGAUAGGUGCAUUAGUACGAACAGGCAUCGAGAAGCUCACACAAGCACUGAACGAACUGGACCGAGUGGGUUCGACCUGUGAUAAGGUGGCUAAGCAACGCUGUUCGCUCGAGUUCUUCCACUGUCAAAUGCGUAUGCUGCACAAUGCAAUUGUAGCUGAACUCUCGAAUUUACCGGAAGAUGCCAUUGCAAGCAAGGGUGCACCUGCGCAUCUAAAAGCAGUCAUUGCUGCCAGCAAACGUCGCACCAAUGAUCUUUAUCGCGUCCGUGAAAUUCUUCAGCGCCUCGUUGGGUGUGAGGUGCGCCACGUGAUAGCUGGCGCUCGUGUCCCUAUCAUCCGCUUCUUGCACAAGUCCAGUGGUUGUGAGUACGAGUGCGACUUGUGCUUCGAGAAUGUGCUGGCUACGCACAACACGCCUCUCUUGCGUGCGUACGCGUCUUUCGACGAUCGUGCGCGCUCUCUGGGGCUCGCUGUGAAACACUGGGUCAAGCGCCGGGGCAUUAGCGAUGCGUCGAUGGGGUUUCUCAGUUCCUAUUCAUUUGUAUUGCUGAGCAUCUUUUACCUGCAAGUAGUACGCGUACUUCCAAAUCUGCAAGAUCCGAGGCUCUUGGAGUAUGCACAUGUUGAGCCCGACUACGUGAACGGUGUCAACAUCGCUUUUUGCAAGGACCGCGAUCUCGCUCAGCGCCACCAUGAGCUUACGUUGGCGAGUGACGUUUCAGGAGUGUCGUUGGCAACUCUGCUGGUUGGUUUCUUUGAAUUUUACGCCACACAAUUCGAUUUUGCGAAGCGCGUCGUGACUGUGCGAUCGCCAGAAACACCUGUGCUGAAACUUCAGCAAUGGGGCAGCCGUAAGGCCAAGACAUGGCGGCUGAGCAUUCAGGAUCCAUUGGAGACCGGACGUGAUCUAGGAUGCGUGUUGCAAUACAAGGGACAAGAGCGAAUCAUCUGCGAGCUCCGCCGCGCGCACGGCUUGCUGGUCCAAGGUGGGAGCUUCAUCGACGACGUCUGUGCCGUUGAUAAACCUGCCGACAAAGCGGUAAAGGCUGGAAAGGCAAAGCAAAAGAACGGAACGGCUGCGCCAGUGAACGGGGUGCAAAGCGAACGAAGUCAGCGACAAGCAGAUGUGACCAAGCGUUCGUUCUCAUUGUCGUUAGAGAGCGCCGACGAAAAGUUGACAAAGGAGGAGAUUGAGCAGUUGUUCAAAGACUUCCAGGCAUCGGUUAGUGUUGGCAAGGUGGUGGAAGCAACAAGUUUUGAUUCUACUGCCGGCGAUGGUCAUGACGUGGAAAGCUCGGGGAAGCAGUGGGAGGUUGAGCUGUGGACGCAGGCCAAAAAGUUACCACGCAGACUAUACAGAACGACGCGAAUAGAUUGGGAGACAGAGGAUGGUCGCGGGGGCCGAGUAUGGGUUCACCACCAGACUUAUUUCGCUACGCCACCGUGCCGUCAGUGUCUAUCGCCCAAACAUGCGACAAGCAAGUGCUCAGCAACUGGCGGUCGUGAAGACAACAAUUCUGAAGGUGCUGGUGAUCGGGCUCAGCAGGUUGACAAGAGUGCGGCUGAACGAAAUGCCCGUCGUCAUGUACUCCAUUUAGCGCUGUCAAGUGGUCAACAAGCUGCUGUUGUAAAACUGAGUGGCCAUCGGAAGGAGCAGCAACAGCACGGUGGGGCGUCACAGCAGGUCAAUUCUGGAGCGAAAAGUGAGCCUGGCAAUAUUCGCCGCGUAAACGAAGUUGGCAAGAAGAAAGUGCGCGGAAACAUGAAAACGGAGGCAGAGCAAGUCGCUGGAUCAGUUCUUAUUGACUCUGUGGAUGGUCGUGUACCAGUCGUGACGUCUGUACGGGGCGACGGUGAAGGCGAUACCGGAGGCAAUAUGAUUCAGAAGAAGAAGAAGAAGCGGCAGCAGCGAGUCUACCGCAAGAGGGGAACUUUGAAGGAGGGACAAGAAUAG